AUGUGGCUUUCUCUCAUGAUGCUUGCCUCAGCAUUUGGUGAAGAUAUAGAUACAGUCGUUUUAGCAUUAAAUGUGAAAGGUGAGGUCUGUCCAGGUGGAUGGGCUCGCCCAAUGACGCGAAUGAUGUCAGAACGUCUAAAAGAAAGUUCAUCAUCUGAUUCAUUGCCCGAAAAGUCAACGACAGUUCGUACGAAUUCACUUGAAGCCACUGAAAUCCAGGUAAAGUGGAGGAUGGCAUCAUAUGAAAGAAAUUGUUUUUUAAAUUAA